AUGCUCGAAGACGGUAUGGACGACUCACCGGAAAUACUGCGACGAGAGUUUCAGCUAUACAUGGAAGAGCGUUUCCUGGCGGGACAUGAUUCCAGGUUUUUCGACUACGAUACGGUUGACAACGAUGUGUCCCUGGAUGAGAUAGAUGAAAUACAUGAGCGUGACAUGGAAGAAAAGUGGGCCAAACGUUGUAUUGAGACGUUUCUCAUUAGUAUGAUGACGAAGCCAAUCGAAGUGCGGUGGUAUUACCAUGGCCCGGAUAACGAGAUAUACGGUCCAUAUGCGGCUAAGGAAAUGAUGAUGUGGACUCAGUCUGGUUACUUCAACGACUCUCUUUUAAUUCGCACUGAACACGAGGAACGGUUCCACACUUUGGGCGAAUGGACGCGUGUUUGUGGUGGCAAGGUCCCCUUCGUGCUUCCGGUAGUGUCCAUGGAGUCACUUGUUGGUCCUAUGGGUCCUCGUCUGAAUCCGGUAAUGAUUGGAAUGCUCCCUCCUGGUCUACCGCCACCGUUUCCUCCUCCAGUGCAUGGAAGAUUCACCCAUUUCGUGCCCGGCAUAGCUCCUCCGCAAGCUCAUCAUCAGCCACCUAUGACUCAUAGCUUGCCGCCAUCGGAACCUCUCGAUGCGGGAAGUAGCCUCUCACAUACUCCUGAUAGUGAGCAGGAGGCACACAACGACUCGAACACACUAGUGCCAAGCCUUCGUCAUAUGGCUGUAUCUACGACUGAGCCCCCAGAAAUGGUGUCGGUAUCUGUUGGAACAGAUUCUCCUAUGGUUCGCGAUGCAAGUUGUCAAACUACUCCACUUAUUGUAGCUGCGAAGGAUGCUGCACGUAUCCUCUCUGAACUACUUAAUCAGGUUGUUCAUGUAACAUAA